UUAAUGUAAUUUCUCAAGUUAAAGCAGUUGCAUCCUGAAUAAUUUCGCGACGUGUUAUAAAAGUCAUUUUGUUCUUCUUACGUGUCUUUUUUUUAAACUCUUUAAUCUCUUUCUCAGUCUCUCAACUUUUGUUCGCGCCAAUUUAAAAAAAACCUAACUUGUAUAUAAAGAAAGAAAAUUAAUUCCAGGCAUGUUCGGUGUUUCUUACCUGCUCGAUAUUGGAUUGAUUGUUAUAUUUAUUCUAUUUAUACCGGCAAUAUUUCUCAGUUAUCUUUUUUGUCUCUUCCAGUCGUGAAUUGGUCCAGACGAUGUUGGGUUCGUUUCGUAAAAUGGAAAUAUCCGCAAUACUUGAUUGUCAACCAGAACAGUAUUAAAAGUAUUCUCGAGCAUGGAAGAAAGCAGGGAAUAUACACUUUACUGGUCCAGGGAAGAUUCCAAACGGAUAAUGUGAGGAGUCACUUAAUUCAUUUAGCGUCAUCGAAAAAUUUUCUCAAGAUGACAUUAACCACAAAAUGGGGUCUCUAUGCCUGGAGAAAAUUUGAUGAUUUUUCUGUCGAUAAUCAUUUAACUAUUUCGCCUGGUUCCUUUAAAGGCCGACCAAUCACAGAAUCCAAUAUUCAGGAUUACGUGAGUGAUGUAACUGCAAAAUUCUUGCCCUCAAAUCAUUCGCCAUGGCAAGUGCAUGUAAUUAAUUGUUUCGUGAGAGGUGAGGAGAGUAACUUUUGCCUCGUACGUGUACAUCAUCUUCUUUUACAACAAGAUAAUUUUACAUUGGCCGACUUUUUGCCAUUGAAAGUUUCCCCGGAGAAUUGGCCAUGUCAAAAGACAAAUUCCCCAUUCACGAAUCUUUAUUCGGAACCAUCGGCACUACCUCGACUUCACGAAAAGCUCGCCGAAAGCUUCAGCAACACCUGGAAUGAAUUCUUAUGUAAUAAUGAUCCAGUUGAGAGACCGGAAAUAUUCAAAAAGCCAAUUAGUCUCUUUCUGUGUGGCAAAAUUGGAAUCAUUAUUAUGGUAUCGACAAUGAAAGAACUCACAAGGAAGUAUAAGAAAGUUGAAGGACUUCGUGUCAAGGAAAUUCUUCAGAUUCUUCGGAAAGAAGCGCAGACACGAAAUUUUACGUCUAAAAUUAUUUUAAAAUCCUUCUCAGCAUCUUUAAAUCCAUUUGAAUUCUCUCGCUUCAUUAUCUCCUGGAUUUGGUAUUUGGCUGUGAGCUUGACGUUAAAAAUACCAAUUUUAUUUAUUCGCGAAUUAAAAGCGUUUAAAUCAUCAGACAAACAUUACUAUCCCGACACACUUUCUUCGAUACUUUUUUCCUACCUGCCACUAAUUUUCCAGGCAACUCUGGAACUUUUCUCCAUAACUGCAAUAGCUGUAGGAGCGCCGAGGUCAAUUUUUGACGAGCUAUUUUUAAAGCACACUGAAAUAAAUCUUUUGCAAAAAAUUUCGCCAUGUGGCAGAAAAGUCGUUGCCUGGUCGGACGAAGUGAAUACAGAAAUACUGCAAAAAAUUUCCAGUGUUACUGGCGCGACAGAAACGGAAAUACUUUUAGUGGCAAUUGUCGAUUCGUUGAAGGAGUAUUUUCGACAAUCACUACAUCAAAUACCAGAGGAGAUAUUGGCAACAGCAGAAUUUGUCAGUCAGAGGGAUCUUUUUGUGAAAAAUCACAAAACCAGAGGGCUUUUGUGCUUGGGCCUUCCAACGAGAACCCAUCUAUUUGAGGAUGAUCUCAUUGAAAUUUUACAGAUUAUUCAGAGGAAUAUCCAAGAUGCAAGAUCAAAACAAAAGGCAAUUUACGCCAUAACAAAAGCUGAGACAUCCUCUGGAUUAAUUACGUCUUGUUUGCCCUCAAUAUUUCUGAAAAUUUUACUUAAUCAUCUGACGAGAAGAUACUCAGUUUCUCUGACACACGUGGAUGGAGAUUUGCCAAUUGACAAUAUUCGUACCGCAGUUUAUUGGCGACCACCUCAAGGAAAUUGCAGUAUGUCGAUGACACUCCACAGGCAUGGCAAUGGAGUAAGAUUGGGAGUAAUGUGCGACGCAAUGUUCGGACCACAGCACACAAUAAUAACAAAAAUAUUUCCAAAAAGUUUACAAAAUUUUGCCAUUAAAGUGGGAGUGCCAAAAGUGCCGAGAAGAAGUCCUAGUCCAAGUCCAUCGAGUCCUACAACAUCACCAGGUUAUUGAGAAAAAAAGAAUUUUACUUCCGUCCUCUUUAUAUAAUGUGAAAUUACAAAUCAGUAAUUUCCGGUUUA